AUGGAGCAGCAACAGCAACAUCAGCAGCAGCUGCAGCAGCUGCAGCAGCUGCAGCAGCAGCGGCAGCAGCAACCACAGCAGCAGCAGCAACCACAGCAGCAACAGCAGCAGCAGGCAUAUACAGAGCAGCAUCAAGGCGAGUUCGAGCUGAAGAGUCUUCAGGAAAACAAGCAGCGCCAGUCCCCCAUGCAGCAGGAGAAGCAAGAGCAGCAGCAGCAGCAGCAGCAGGAAGAAGAUAAGCAGCAGCAGCAGCAGCAGCAUCAGCAGCAGCGGCAGCAUAUUCCGUCAGCGCGGCUCUCUGUACGCUCAGCUGCAGCGGCGGAUGCAUCAGUUGCUGCUGAGCAAAGCCCUGGGUUCCCUGAAAGCAGCAGCAGCAGCGACCGCAGCAGCAGCAGCAGGAGCAGCAGCAGCAGCGGGAGAGCUGCAAGUAAAGGAGCACACCAGAGCCAGGAGGCCCGCAGCAGCAGCAGCAGCAGCAGCGGCUACAGCAGCUUUCGGGAAGGCAGCAGCAGCAGCUCAGAAGAUGAGUCCGUCAGGGCGUGCGGCGGCGCAGCCGCCGCGGCGCCAGCAGCAGCAGCAGCAGCAGCAGCAGCAGCGGGGGGGCGCCGCGGACGGCGGGCGUGGGGCCUCCAGGGCGGGGGCCCCUCCCCGCUGGCUGCUGCUGCUGCUCGGACCCGCCGGCAAAUUGCAGCUCUUAUGGCAACUCAGCCUGCCCUUGCAGAUGCCCUUGCUCAAGCGUUGGGGGCUUUCCCACAGGGGGCGUGGGUUAGCAGCUGCAGCAGCAGCAGCAGCAGCAACAGCAGCAACAGCAGCAGUAGCAACAGCAGCAAGCGUGAUGCAGCUGAGGAGCUGUGGCAGCCCAGGGACAAGCAGCACGGGCUGGAAACUGCAGCAGCAGGAGCAGCAGAAGAUGCUUCUUCGGAGCUACUGCUGCUGCUGCCCCUUUCCACUGCACGGUGGGGACUCAGCAGCAGCAGCAACAGCAGCAGCGGAAAACAGCAGCAAGCAGCUCGCCGUCUUCUGGCCUCAUUGAGAGGCAGCAAAGAGACACAGCAUUUAUCUCUGGCCGCUACUGCUGCUGCUGCUGCUGCAGCAACGCCUGCUGCAAGUGCCUCAGCAGCAGCAGCAGCAGCAGCAGCAAGCAACAAUACGAACAGCAGCAACAGCAACAGAGUCACGGCGAAUGCAACAGCAGCCGAACCUGAAGCGAGAGCAGCAGCAGUCACCUCACCUUCAGCAGCAGCAGCACCAGCAGGUGCUGCUGCUGCUGCAGCAAGGCAGCAGCAGCAGAAGCCGCGGGAAGAUGACACCUAUCUCUCACUGCUGUUUAGCUCUCUCGUGCUGCGGCUGCAGCAGCUAAGGGUUGCUGUUGCUGCUGAGACUUUGCUGCAGCCGCCUGCAGCAGAUGGUAGCAACGAGCUGUACGUACACCUCAAACUCCUGGACCCCACAAAGACUCUGCUGCCACUUGUGCCUUCUCUGCAGCAGCAGCUGGAGGCGCCAGCAGGAGACGGAACCACAGCAGCAGCAGCAGCAGCAGCGGCAGCAGCAGCAGCAGCAAGGCCUGCUUCUGCUGCAGUCUACAGGCAACAAGCGCUGCGAGCUGGCAGCAUCAAUUUAUUUCGUUUGUUUGUUCUUAUCAUUGCCUGGGUGGAAGGGGCUCCGCGCUCUGUUGCUGUUGCUGCUGCUGCUGCUGCUGAAGGGUCUGGUUCUUCGGCACUUGCUGCACCAGACGCAGCAGGACGGGCAGCAGCCCAAGAUGCAGCAAAACACGCCAAGCAGCAGAAUGCGCCGCUGCAGCAGCAGCUGGCAAUUCUCGUACGCACAGCACUGGGGAGCUCUGCUUCGGCUGCUGCUGCUGCCCCUGCUGCUGCUGCUGCUGCCAAAGCACUCAGCAACGCCGGUUCUGCAGAAGACAGCAGCAAGGCAGCAGGAGAAGCAGGCGAGGCAUCAGCAGCCGCCGCUGCUGGUGCUGCUGCUGCUGCUGAUGGUGGAGGCCGCCCGAAAAAACAGCCGCAGCGCGUGCAAGAGGAAGAACAGCAGCAGCAGCAGCAGCGACUGCAGCAGCAGCUCUACUCGCUGCAGUCUUUGGGCUGGAUGAACCUUGCAGCAGCAGAAGACGUCGUGAGGGAAAUAUUUGCUGCUUUUGGUGCUGCUGCGCUGCAAGAGAACAGGGAGAGGCAGCAGACAUGUGCUGCUGCUGCUGCGGCGGCGGCUGCUGCAGCUGCUGCUGUGAGGCUACCAUCUCCAGCAGCUAAGUCGCGUACAGCUGGCGACGGCGCUGCUGCUGGUGCUGUAAGGGGCAGCAGUAGCAGCAGCAGCAGCAGCAACGCGUCUGUCCUUGUUUCUCGCUUUUUCCCGCCUUUUCUGAGCCAGCUGGCUCCUCCUGCUGCUGCAGCGCAACAGCAGCAACAGCAACAGCAGCAGGAACACCAGCAGCAUCUGCGGGGUCGGCUAAGGCCACUGGAUUCGCCAUCCGCUGCAGCAGCAGCAGCUGCAGCAGGCGGAUCGCCAGGGGCUCUUUCUGUUUGCAUGCAUGACGCGAGAAAGGAAGAUGGCAGCAGCAGCAGCAGCAACUACGGCAGCAGCGGCAGCAGCAGCAGAGGCCACCCCUCUGGUGCUUCGUGGGGUUCAACGUCGGGAGAAGAACUCGAGUGGAGGCAAGCGCAUCUCAGAGCCCUUGCUGUUGCUGUUGCUGUUGCUGUUGCGUUGCUGCUGCUGCUGCAGUUGCUGCUGCUGUAUAUCCUGCUGCUCCCGUCACUGCUGCGGUGCUGCUGCAGGCCUAGAGCCCUGCGCCUAUAUAUUUAUGAGGCGCUGCUGGCCCACGAGCCGCUGCUGCACAUCCCUAUCACCACGCCGUCUGCAGGCAGCAGCAGCAGCAGCAGCAGCAGCUGCAGCAGCAGCGGCAGCAAGGUGCUGCAGUACAUUGGCUUGCAGCUCUUCUGUCACUUGGAUGACUGCUGGCUGCGACUGAGGGCAGCAGGCAGCACUAUGCCGCUGCCGCUGCUGUCUCUUGCUGCAGUCCCAAGGCACACAAGGAGCACAAGCAGCAGCAGCACCAGCAACAGCAGCAGCAGCAGCAGCAACGCAGCACCUCUUCCUGCUAUUCGCGUGUCUGCUUCUUUGCCCAGUUGCAGUGCUGCAGCUGAUGCUGCUGCUGCUGGUGACACAUUUGCUCACCCGUCUGCUCCAAUGACACCUACAGCAGCAGCAGCAGCAGCAGCAACACCAGCAGCAACAGCAGCAGCAACUGAGCCCGCAAUAGGCGCAGAGGCGGGAGAUGCGGUGCGGCGUCGGACACAAGCGGUCAUGGCAGCAGCUGCAGCAGCAGCACCGCAAGUAGCAGUACCAGCAACAGCAGCACCAGCAGCAGCACAACCAAGCCCAAAGGCCGAAGCAGCAGCAGCAGCAGCAGCAGCAGCAGCAGCAGAUGAGGCGCUGCUGAGCAAAGCCCUGGGCCUGGAUUCCCGCGGGGCCUUUUGGUCAGAUUACUUUCAGUUUCUGCUGGCAGCAAAAGAGCACUGUCUUCUUUUGCCGCUCAAAGCAGCAUUGGCCUUCGUCUUGGCCAGGGAUGUCUCAGCAGCAUCGCAGGUGCUGCUGCCGUUUCCGCAGCUGCGACCUGCUGUGCUGCUGCUGUCUUGGGAUGCAUUUGAGGGGCAAAUGGGGAGAAGGCAGCAGCUGCUAGAUCUGCUGUGCUGCUGCCACGUUGCUGCUAAAGCUGCUGCAGCAGAAACUCCUGCAGCCGUUGCUGCUGCCGAGAGACAGACACUGCUGUGCCUGGCACACGCCUGUGCCCACACAGCAGCAGCAGUAACAGCAGCAGCAGCAGCAACAGACACAGCAGCAGCGCAGCAGCAGCCGCUCCUUCGCUACGCAUGCGACCCCAACAUGCAGCAGCACAUCGAGGUGCUGCGGAGCCGAAUGGCAGCCGCUUGGUGGAUCGCUGAUCUGCUGCUAGAGCUUCAUGCAGCCCUGCAGCAGCAGCAGCAGCAGCAGCAGCAACAGCAAAAUAAGCAAAGCCAGCGGCAGCAACGACGGCAGCAGAGGCUGCAGCAUCGGGGAGGAAGGGAAGCAGCUGCUACACUGGCCUGGCCCCAGGACAGCAGCAGCAGCAGCAACAGCAGCAGCAGCAACAAAGGCAACGAAACUGCUGCUGCGAUUCCAGCAGAAGCAGCAAAAAGCCUGCUGCUGCAUCCGGAGGCCGUGGAGGCACUUGCUGCAGCAGCUAGCCAGCGCUGCCUUGCAGCAGCAACUGCUGCAGUGCGGCUGCAGCAGCUGUUUGGCACCUCUGAUGCAGCUGCUGCUGCAGACGAAGCGUCUGCUGAGCAGGAGGCAGCAGCAGCAGCUGCUGCUGCUGCAUCUUGUGUCCGCACUGCUGCUGCUGCCAUCGGCGGCAACAGCUCAGCAGCAGCAGAAGCAGCUGCCGUUGCUGCCUUGCGGGAAGCCCUUGCUGCUGACAUUUACGAGGCAACAGCGACGCAGUCCCUCCUCUUGUCGCUGUCUCGGCGGGCGCCGCUGUCUCUGAUGCAAGAACAAACUUUUCUUGAAGGACUUGCUGCGCUGCCCUUGACGAGCCGCAGCAGCUACGAGGAGGAGCGGCAGCACGACACAGAUGUUGCUGCUGCUUACUUUGCCCUGAGAGCAGCGCUGCGGCUUAUUGAGGCCUGCAGCAGCAGCAGCAGCAGCAGCGGCAGCAGCAGCAGCACUUCUGUGGCGGCGGCGCAGCGGCAGGCGGAGGGGGCUGCGGCAGGAGCCGACAGCCUGGGGGUCUACCCGCAGCAGCAAGCAGCAGCUACUGCAGCAGCAGCAGCAGCAGCAGCGGAGCUGCAACCCCUACUGCAGCAGACUGUUUGCUGCUUAGAGAGGCUCAUCGCACGUGUGCGGAGGCCCCCCUACCGUCUGUGGCUGCUGCUGCGGCUCGCGCCACUGCUGUUUGCUUCUACUGCUGCAGUCCAGCAGCGGCAGCAGCAGCAGCAGCAGCAGCAGGACAGAAACACGAGCGACAGCACUCGCAGCAGCAACUGCAGCACCAACAGGAGCAGCAGCAGUAGAAACGGAGCCUUUGUGGUCCCUCCAUCCGUGUUUAUAUCCCUGGCGCUUCUCAUCCAGAGACACCUAGAAGCCCUAAGAGGUGCAGAGGGCCUCGGAAAGAUUGGCCGCAUUCUUCUGGAAGCUGCAGCACAGUUUUUUGAGGAGGCUAUUUGGCGCUGCCGUUUGCUGCUGAGCCAGUUCUUUGCUGCAAUGCCUCUUGCAUCAAUUUGCAUUGCUGGAGGAUCAGCGACGACAGCAGCAGCAGCAGCAGCAGCUGCUGCUGCUGCUGCUAAUGAUGCUGCUGAAGACUCGGCCACGACCAGUUGCAUCACGGCGCAGCAGCAGCAAGACAGAGAGUGGCAGCAGCAGCUGCGCUGGAUUGGGGUGUUCUCAGUGAGCAGCAGCAGCAGCAGCAACAGCAGCAACGAAGCCGUUGCAGGAAUACCAAACAUGAGCAGCAGCAGCCUAGACAGCGAGAAAGCCCCUGCUAGCAUUUCAAGCAGCAGCAGAAGCAGCGGCGAAGGAGCCCCUGCCGGCAUUUCAGACAACAACAGCAGCAGCAGCAGCAGCAGCAGCAGCAAGCACCACUUGGCCUCCCACAUGACCCCCUUCGCCUCGCUGCUGUCGCUGGAAGCAGAUCCUUUCGCCCGCCGUUUGCUGCAGCAGCCUGCUGUUUUCCUGGCCCGCGCGCUGCAGCAAAGUGACGUCAAGACCACCGCGUCAGCAUUUGCUGCUGCUGCUGCAUUUGCUGUUGCUGCUGCUGUUGUUGCUGCUGCUGCUGCUCUUGUUGUUGUUGCUGUCGUUGACGUUGUUGCUGUUGUUGUUGCUGUUGUUGUUGUUUGUAUUGUUGUUGUUGUUGCUGUUGUUGUUGCUGUUGUUGUUGCUGCUAGCCCUGCUGCUGCUACUCUUGCCACCCCUGCUGCUGCUGCUGCUGUCGCUGUCCCUGCUGCCGCUGCUGAUAUUGCUACUCCCGCCGCUGCUGCUGCUGCUCGUGCUGCUGCUGCAUUUGCUGCUGCUGCUCUUGCCAUCCCUGCUUCUCUUGCUGCUCUUGCUUUUCCUGUUUCUGCUGUUGCUGCCAUGGCUUCCCCUGCUUUCGCUGCUGCUGCUUGUGCUACCACUUCGUUUGCUGCUGCUGAGCGCGCUACUGUUGCAAUUGCUCCUGCUCCUACUGCUGACGCGUCCACUGCAAACUGCAUUUCUGCUGCUGCUGCUGCUGCAUUUUUCAGGGAGCUGCUGCAGCGUUUUGAGCUGCCGGGACACCUGAAGAUCAGCGCUGAGAUAUCAGAAGCAUUUGCUGCCUUGCGAGAUGCUCUGAGCUGCCUCCCUGCUGCUGCUGAGGCCGACGCUGCUGCUGCUGCUGCUGCUGCUGCAGUUUCCUGUCGCCUGGAGAUGUGCCUUGAAGCAUUUGACAAGUCGUGGGAGUCCGUCGAUUCUGUGGUGGUCCCUGCAGCAGCAGCUGCUGCUGCUGGUGCUGCUGCAGGAGCGGCCGCUUCAACAGCCGCGCCAUCAGCAGCAACUUUAGUUCCCGCAGCAGAUGCAGCACUUGGUGAAGCAGCAGGAGCAGCAGCAAUAGCAGCAACAGCAACUACGGCAGCAGCAGCAGUGGAGACAGAACAGGAAUGCAUCUUCCGCAGCUGCCUUACAACUUACUCAGAUGCAGCAACAAAAGCCGCUGUCGCUUUGCUGCGCUGCAGCAAAAGGUUUGCUGCAGUGUUUGCUGCUGUGGAUGCUGCUGUUGCUGCUGCGGCCCCUGCAACUGUCUCGCUGCUGUUGCUUCGCCGCGCUACAGAGGAACUGCGCAAAAUCUCGCAGCAGCAGCAGCAGCAGCUACAUCUAGAAGAUACGUCGGCAGCAGCUAUAGCGACAACAGCAGCAGCAGCAGCAGCACCAGUAACAGCUGCAGCAACAGCAGCAGCUGCAGCAGCUCUUCAAACACCCGCGCUGACAACUCUUUUAGCAACGUCUAUAGACAGGCUGGAGGUGCUGAUUGAGGCUCGAGGCAUGCGCACAGUCAGCUUGGCCUCGUUGCUGCUGGAGGUGGAGACGCUGCCAAUUAAGGCGGACCUCCUCAGGACCCAUCUUUCAAGCUUACACCAGCGCAACACCGCCGUGGCUUCCUUGCUGGAGCAGAUGCAGCAGCUUGCUGCUGGCACUCUGCGGCUCUCAACUGCUGCUGAUCUUAGCAGCUUUUUGGAUAAGGCAGUGCAGGUGCUGCGGGGAGAACCGCAGCAGCAGCAGCAGCAGCAGCAGGAGCACCGACUUCAGCAGCAGCAGCAACUGCAGCCGCAGGAUGAAACACCUCUUCCCGUAUUCACUAGUGGUGAAGAGACUGAGAAGCUUUCAGAAGACCAGCAGCAGCAGCAACAGCAGCAGCAGCAGCAGCAGCAGGAAGGAAGUGAAGGGCAGCAAGAAGAAGGCACAAAGUACUUGCUAGCCCUUGUCUGUUACCUCAAGAGGAUUGUAGAGCUCCAGACAGAAGCCAAGCAAAGGCUGCAUGCCAAGCAGCAGCAGCAGCAGCAGCAGCAACAGCAGCAGCAGCAGCAGCAGCAGCGCAAGGAGGAAGAGGAGCAGCAACUGUUUAGCUUGCCGUUUGUGUCUCCUGAAGAUUUAAUUUCUGAAGUUCUCUUUCGAUUUGAGGGGCAGCAAGAGGCGCAGCAGCUCGCAGCUUUGCUGCAGGCAGACCUGGUUGAGGUGCUGCUGCAGGCGGCGCUGCCGCUGCACCCCUUGCUUCUCGACAACACAAGCAGCAGCAGCAGCAGCAGCAGCAGCAGCAGCAGCAGCAGCAGCAGGUGGCCCCCGCCGUUUCCCUCCCCAGCUCUGGCUCUGCGGAAAGACUUAGUGCUCUUUUUAGGGGCCCUGGAAGAGCAGACCUAUUCGCUGCGUCGCGAUGCUGUUGCUGCGUGCAGCAGCAGCAGCAGCAGCAGCAGCAGCAGCGACUGCAAAGGCAAGGUGUCUCUGCUUGCUGCACUAGCCAUAGCUGAGCGCUGCGUGGAGGUGUGGCCGUCGGGGCCGCUCCUGCUACUGGCGCAGCAGCAGCUUUGCUGCUGCUGCAGCAGCCUGCGGCUGUGGCUGGCUGAGAGGCACCGCUGCUGGCGAAUCAUACAGGCGACGGGAGCAAUACAAGCAGCAGCAGCAGCAGCAGCAGCAGCAGGGCCUGAAGCACGGGCAUUAGCAGCAGCAACAGACAGCUGGAAGUUGCGGCCAGAGGGCUGGAGGCCUCAUGAACUGUUGGCUUUGCCCUUUGCUGCUAAGAGGUAUUUAGAGGCCGUCGCGGACGACAGCCAAGCAGCGCUGGAGCUCUGUUUUGCUGCAGCAGCAAGAGCUUGGGGUGCACGGGGAGAUCUGCAGCGGGCCUUAAGACUGGCAGAUGCGCAGCUGUCUCCAGACACGGAGCUGCAGCAGCUGCUGCUCACCUGCGUCAUCAGAAAGGCACAGCAGCAGCAGCAGCAGCAGCAGGAGGGGCAUCAAGCUGAGGGGUCUGCUGCUGCGCUGCUACAGCCGGACUGUACAGACAGCUCAACAAUACCUGCGUGGCCUCUUGACGGGUCGCUGCGCCUGUGUGCUGCUCAACCUGCAGCAGCAGCAGCAGCAGCAGGGGACCCCGCAGACGAAGCAGCAGUGGCAGCAGCAGCAGCAGAGUGCGACGCAGCAGCUGGCAGCGAAGAAGAGCUAUCGCUGCCGCAGUGCGUCUUGCGGCUCAGCAGCGCAGCAGCAGCAACACGUGCUGCUUUGCUGCUGUCUGCUGCUUGGGCAGUGGAGACCUGCAUAGACACUUUGGCCGUCUGCCAGGCGCGGCUGCAGGAGCAAGCAGCAGCAGCGGCAGCAACACAACAGCAGCAGCAGCAGCAGCAGCGGCAGACAGGAGACGCAGCGCAGAGUGGCAGCAGCAGCAGCAGCAGCAUUGGUUGCCGCUGCCUGCAGCAGCAUCCGCUGCUGGCAGUUCUUGAGCAGACUGCAAAGACUGGCACAGCAGCAGUAGCACCCGAAGCAGCAGCAGCAGCAACAGCAGGUGCAGCAGCAGCUCCCGCAGCUGCGGCGACAGCAGCAGCAGGGAGCGGAGACCUGAAUGACGGCGAGGAGCUUGGCUUUGAGACGAAGGCUGAGGAAGCAGCAGCAGAAGCAGCAGCAGCGGCUGCUGUGGCGCUGCGGUGCGUGGCUCAGGAGCAGCAGCAGCUCCAAUGCUGCAGCAGCGGCCCCUGCCUGCUGCUGCUGCUGCAGACCCGCGGGUGUCUGUACACCUGGCGCAGCUACAAAGCAGCAAUGGAAGCAACAAAUGGCACUUGGGAAACUUGGCGAGACAUCCAUGCUGACAUGCAGUCGGAGGAAGGCGUACAAAAGGUUGUUCGCACGCUGGCUGCGUGCAAUGGCUACGCUGCUGCGAGAGCUCUUUUAAAACUCGUCAGCGGGGCUGCUGUGUCGCCAGCUAGCGACCUGUCGGCGGGGCAGCCAGCUAGCCAGCUAGCUAGCCAGCUAGCUAGCCAGCCAGCUAGCCAGCCAGCGGGACGGCUAGCUAGCUCUUACCUGCAGGAGUGGCUAGCUGAGGCGGAACUGAAGCAGCUGCUGUCGCUUCCCGGCUUCCGAGGUGCAGCAACUCGCCGGCUGCUGGCGCUCAGCAGCAGCAGAAGCACGCGAGUGGCCUUGCGGCUGCUCUCCCUCAGCAGCAGCAGCAGCAGCAGCAGCAGCAGCAACAGCAGCAAGGUGAUGCUGCAGCUGCAGGGCGGCUUCCCGAAAGUGGCUGGCCGUUUGUACCUGUGCGAGCUGCUGCACCAGCAGGAGCAGCUGUGGACGCGUCUGACGCAGCAGCAGCAGCAGCAGCUGCAGCAGCUGCUGCCGUCGCUGCACCUGCUGCAGCUCGUGGAGACUGAGGUGGAGAGACACCGCGAGCCGCUGCUGCAGCACCCGCUGCUGCUGCUCGAAAGCCUCAUACUUAAUGCCCGCACGGAGCUGCUGCAGCACUUUUUGCUGCGCUGGCCAGCUUUGAGGGACAAUGACCUUCUUCUGCGUUACGCGCGCAAGGCCCUGGGGCUUCCUGCUGCUGCUGCUGCUGCAGGCACUGCUGCUGCUGCUGCUGCAGCAGGAGCUGCUGCUGGCGGUCCGGGAGCCGCAGCAGUAGCAGAGCAACAUCUGCGCGCUAAGACGGACACUGCUGCAGCUGCAGCAGCAGACCCCCCAGCAGCAGCAGCAGCAGCAGAAGCAACAGCAGCAGCAGCAGCAAAAGGCCUGCCGCCGCCUAGCUGGGGAUUCGGGGGGCGGUGGGUCCUUACAACUGAUGAAGAGACAAAUGAGCGGAUUCGUGCUGCGCAUGCAUACACCCCAGCUCCUGCUGUUGCUGUUGCGCUGCAGCUGCUGCAGCUGCUGUCUCCUGGCAGCAAAAAGGAGGCCCUCAGCUGUCUCCAAAUCUGCACAGAAGUUGCUUCGCUGCUGCCCCACGCACUGUACAGACACCCCAUGGCGACUUGUGGGCCCGUUGCUGCUGCUGCUGCAGCAGCAGCCCCAGCAGCUGGUGUUCGUGCUGCUGCUCCAGCAGCAGCAGCAGCGCCUGCAGCAGCAACAACGGCGACGAGCUGCUGCAAGGCCAACUGCGUUAGAAUGAUAGAACGCUCCCUAAUCAGAGAUGAAGAUGCACCAGCAACGGCAGCAGCAGCAGCAGCAGCAGCCACGUCCCCAGCUGCAGCAGCUGCUGCGCCUGCUGCCGCAGGCUCCUGCUCUUCAGCAACUGGCCCAGAAGCAGCUCGCGGGAGCGCCAGCAGUAGCACCAGCAGCAGCAGCACCAACAGCAGCAACAGCAGCAACAGCAACAGCAGCAGCAGCAGCAGCACCAGCACCAGCAGCAAGGCUGUGUGGCGGAACUUGUGCGGCACUGCUUUCAACAGCUUCGACGCUCUGCACUGCCAGCGCUGCUCCUUCGCUGGGGUGUACGUACACCUCAAGGGUAAGGGCUCAGUGCGGCUGACAAAUGUACUGCCCUGUGGGCUGCGGCAGCAGCUAAGGAGGCUGCAUCCUGCUGCUGCUGCUGCUGCUGAUGGUGCUGCUGCUGCACCGGGUGGUGCUACUGCUGGGAAACAUGUAGCAGCGUCAGAGCCAGAGGAAGCUGCAACCACUGCAGCAGCAGCAAAGGCAGCAACAAGCUCCGUGGCGUUGCUGCCGCAGCUCCCGGCAGAAGCACAAGUUGAUCCUCCUGCAGCAGCAGCUAAUGAAGCAGCAGCAGCAGCCGCAAACAGAGCUGCGCCAGCAGCAACCAGUGCUGCGGCAUCAGCAACCAGUGCUGCGGCAGCAGCACCGGCAGCAGAAACUGGCGCAGCAGCAGCAGCAGCAGCAGCCCCGGGGAUGGCUCUGUCGCUGCUGCCCUAUGGAUCGCUGCUGGGUUUGCUGCAGCAGCUGCUGCAGCUGUGUCUGGCAAAGUUUGGGGGCUUCCGUUGGGUGCAGGCUCGCGUGCUGCUGCUGCAGCAGCUGCUGCCGUUUAUUGCUGCUAUCUGGAGCCGCUGGGGCUGGCUGCCCCCCAUUGAGCUGCUGCUGCAGCCCCGCACUGCAGCAAGACUUCGGGACACUUUGCUGCGCUGCAACGAGCUGUCUCUUGCCUGGCGGCUUUGCAGCAGCUAUUUCCACGCAGCUCUGCUGCUGGUGCAGCAGCAGCAGCAGCAGCAGCAGCAUAAUCAGCAAAAGCAGCAGCGGAAGAUGCUUUUGCACGCCACUGGCCCGGCUGCUGCUGCUGCUGCUGCGCCCCCAGAGGCUGCUGCUGCUGUCCACAGCCCAGCGGCCCCGGCAGCAGCGGCGGAAGACCCAGCAGCAGCAGCAGCAGCAGCAGCACAGCCGCAGCAGGUUGCGGAAGCAGCUGCUUCGCAUAGCAGUGCUCUGCAGCAGAGGCUCUUUCAGCGGCAGCAGCAGCAGCUGCAGCAGCAGCAGCAGCACAAGGGAUACACUUUUGCUGCUGCUGCUGCCGGGGCGCCGCUAGAAGAGCUGACCGAUUCUCUCCUGAAGGCAGCAAAACACUCCAGGGCUUCUGCCUGCUUGGCUUUCUGCCCACUGCAGCAGCAGCAGCAGCAUCAGCAGCAUGAGGUGUAUGCUGCCGUUGCUCUUGACUGGAGCAGUCGAAGUAGCAGCAGCGGCAGCUCGACUCCUAGAGAGCUGCUGCGCUCUCUUUCUCAGCAGCAGCAGCAGCAGCAGCAGCGGCCUUGGGGGCUCGCAGAGAAGCAGCUGCUGCGGCAAGUGCUGUCGCCUCUGCCUCCGUUGGAUGCUGCUGCUGUUGCUGCUGCUGCUCGCCGCGGCAGUGUGCAGGCCGCAGCAAAGGACUCGACUGCAACAGCAGCAGCCGCAGCUGCAGCAACGGACCCAAGCGGAAUGGCUGCAACACCGCUCUCUGCUGUGGCGCAAACUGGCAGCAGCAGCAGCAGCAGCGGCAGCAGCCGGCGUCGCAGGGCAGCACCUGGCUCAGCAGCAGCAGGAACAGCAGCAGCAGCAGCAGCCUCCGCCGCGUCAAGCUCUGCUGCAUUGGCGUCUCCCAGCUUCUCCCCCGGGGUCUCCUCCGGGCCGUCUUCCUCGCAGCAGCAGCAGCAGCAGCAGCAGCUGGGCAGCAGCUGCCUUGCUGCACUAGAAGCUGGCAUUCUGCAGCUGCAAGUGGCCUCCUAUUCUUGUCUUGUCUCUUUUCAAAAAGGUGUUUCCUUUUUAAUUGCUUAUCGGCGGCAGUCUGGCUUGCCUUUGCCUUGGCCAGUGGCCCCACUGCUGCUGCCUCCAGCAGCAGCAGCAGCAGCAGCAGCAGCAGCGGCAGCAGCAGCAGGCAAAUCGGGCAGCAGCAGCAGCAGCUUCCGGCUGCGCUUGCCGCCGCUGCCGAGGGGCCCCCUCUCUUCUGUUUCCGCUGCAGCUGCUGCUGAGCGGCGUGUUGCUGCAGCAGCUGCAGCAACACAGCUGCAGCUGCUGCUUCCCCCAGUGCAUGCAGCGCUGCAGCUAGCCAGCGUCCCCGUGACCAGUGGUCAAUCUGUGAGUGCGGACUUGCAGCUGCUGUGGGGACAGCUGCGGCAGCAGCAGCUGCAGCAGCAACUGCAGCAGCAGCUGCAGCAGCAGCUGCAGCAGCAGCUGCAGCAGCAGCUCCAGCAGCAGACCGAGGUGCAGCAGCAGCAACAGCAGAAGCAACGCAUGCAGGAAUCAAAGUCGCCCACAGAAGGGCACAACGAUCAGCAGCAGCAACAGCAGCAGCAGCAGCAGUUGCUGCGGCGCUGCCCCAGCGGAGCGCAGCCAAAGCAGCUGGGGGGCCUCCUGUUGUCUCCAAGCAGCAGCAGCAGCAACACAUCUCCUCUGGCUGCUGCUGCUUUUGCUGCUGCUUCGCCCCAUAUGCCGCUGGAAGAGGAAGGAUUCUCAGCGCAGAAGCUUGCUGCAGCAGCAGAUAAUUACUUGAAGUGCUAUUUACAGGUUCAGUGCAGCAGCAGCAGCAGCAGCAGCAACACUCAAGACAUAAGCCGCUGCGUGGCUGCAGUCGCACUUCCGCACUGCUUGAGCAGCAGAAACAACUGCAGCGAGCGCAGCAGCAACAGCAGCAGCCGCAGCAGCAGCAAAUCUGCAGCAGCAGUGCUUUUCCCCAUGCCUUAUCUCUGCUGCUCCGUUUGUGGGGGCUGCUGUGGCGAUUUGCCGCUGCUGCACCAGGAGCAGCAAGCCCUAGCUGCUGCGUCUGAGUUGGGCCUAAUGUACAAGACUUUUGGGAGUCCGCGAUCUCUCUUUUCUUUUCUUGUUGCUUCCAAUCGGCUGCCGGAGGCAGUGGAGUUAUUUCUGUCUCCUGGGGGUACAGCUGCUGCUGCCGCUGCUGCUGCUGCUGCUGAUGUCGAGCUGCUGGUCACCCAUGCACUCAACCGCCAGCAGCUAAACGCACUGCUGCGGCUGCUUCACAGAAGAUCCCACGGGGAGAGCCAAGUCUUCACUAUGCUGCGGGCGGCGCUGCGCUCUCACCGCGCGCUGCGGAGUUUGCAGCAGUGCCAUCUCACAACUGGAGACAAUUUAAAUGCAGGGCUUCUCUCGGUGCUUCUGGCUGUGCACGAGGCACUAGCGCCGCCUCCUUUUGCUGCAGCAGCAGCAGCAGCAGCUGCAGCAGCAGCAGCAGCAGCAAGCAAGUGGGACCGUCUUCAUGGGCUGCUCGAUGAAGGCAUUUCUCUUCUUUCCGCGGCGCUGCAGCAAAAACGGCAAGCCAACGUAGUGCCUCCAGACAGCAUGAAACAGCUGCGAAAGCACCCAGAGGCAGCAGCAGCAGCUGCUGUCGCUGCCGCUGCUGCUGCUGCUGCUGCCGUCGCCGAUGCUGCAGUUGAAGCCGCGCGGCCAGUACAGCAGGAGCGGCAGGAGCAGCAGCAAGCAGCAGCAGCAGCAGCAGCAGCAGGCCCAAACGAGCCCGCAUCAAAGGCAUCCGAUGCUGCAGCCGCAGGCCUUUGUGCUGCGCCUCACGACAGCAGCAGCAACAACAACAGCAGCAGCAGCAAAGAAACUGCUAGGGACAUUAGGAAAAUAAGCGCAGCUGCAGCAGCAGAGACGCGGAUGAGCAGCAGCAAACCAGCAUCGGGAGGGCUGCGGCUGCUUCAGCUAGCAGACGAUAGGGACCUGUCUCUUGAUGAGGUUGAUGAGCAUGAUCUACAGGAGCUUCUGGAACUAGUUGACUUGCAGCAGCAGUGCUGCUGCGCUGUUCCGAGUUGCUGCAGCAACUGGUCCUUGCUGCUGCAGCAGCAGGAGCAGAGAGUGCGCCUGUGCGUGCUGCUGUUGCUGCAACAGCAGCAGCAGCUUGCUGCUCGUGUGCUGCAGCUCUGCUGCUUAAACCCUCUUGAAGUGUAUGUACAGGCAGCACAUGUGCUGGCUAGCAAGGCGGCCACAAUUCAGCAGAUGAAGACUCUGGUGUCUGCUGCGGGGAAGCAUUUGUCUGCUGAUGAACUGGACUCCCUGCUGUGCAGCGCAAUAAGGGGUUGGCUGCUGCAGCAGCAGCAGCAGCAGCAGCAACAGCAGCAGCAGCAGCAGCAGGGGGUGCUGCAACGAGACAGUCUGCAGGAAGCUCUAAGUCUUGUGUCUUUGCUGCGGUCGCCGUUGGCUGCAUUUGACACGCGCUUGUUCGUCGCCGGUCUGGCGCUGCAGCAGCAGCAGCAGCAGCAGCAGCAGCUGCAGCACGGGGGAGCUGCCUCUUCCUUCUCAGGAAGCCAAGAACCCUCUCUCGCCCAGGAGCAGCUAAAAGUCUGUUUUGAUGUUGCUUGUGAGUUGAGAGACAGAGAGCUGCUGCAGAGGUGCAGAGAAGCAGCAGCAGCAGCAGCAGACUUGCCGCUGCAGGAGCUCAUUGCCUCCAAGCUGCUGCAGCUGCAGCCCUCCAGCAGCAGCAGCAGCAGCGGCAGCAACAGCAGCAGCAGCAACAAACGCAGGCGAUAG